GGCCGAGCUCCAAACUAUUUCUUCACAGCUACACGCACCUCACCUUCUUCUCUGCAACUGAGAUACCCCAUUGCGCUUCACAUUUCCCGCGCUCUUUGAUCAAAUCACCCUCCACACGACACACACACUUUGACUAGACUACAUCCAGCGCACCUCCAUCAGUCACAUCACACCACCGCGAUCAUGUCGGGCGAGACGUUCGAGUUCCAGGCGGAGAUCUCGCAGCUCCUGUCGCUCAUCAUCAACACCGUCUACAGCAACAAGGAGAUCUUCCUGCGAGAACUCAUCUCCAACGCUUCCGAUGCCCUCGACAAGAUCCGCUACGAGGCUCUCUCAGAUCCCUCAAAGCUCGACUCAGCGAAAGACCUGCGCAUUGACAUCAUCCCCGACAAGGAGAACAAGACGCUGACCAUCCGCGACACCGGUAUCGGCAUGACCAAGGCUGACCUCGUCAACAACCUUGGUACCAUCGCGCGCUCUGGCACCAAGCAGUUCAUGGAGGCCCUCUCAGCAGGUGCCGACGUGUCCAUGAUUGGCCAGUUCGGUGUUGGUUUCUACUCGGCAUAUCUCGUUGCCGACCGCGUGACUGUUACAUCGAAGCACAACGACGACGAGCAGUACACCUGGGAGUCGAGCGCCGGUGGCACUUUCACCAUCUCGCAAGACACCGAGGGCGAGCAGCUCGGCCGUGGUACCCAGAUUGUUCUCCACCUCAAGGAUGAGCAGACUGACUACCUUGGCGAGAGCAAGAUCAAGGAGGUUGUCAAGAAGCACUCCGAGUUCAUUUCCUACCCCAUCUACCUUCACGUGCUGAAGGAGACCGAGAAGGAGGUCCCAGACGAGGACGCCGAAGAGACGAAGGAGGAAGACUCCGACAACAAGCCAAAAGUCGAGGAGGUCGACGACGAGGAGGAAGAGAAGAAAGAGAAGAAGACCAAGAAGGUCAAGGAGAGCAAGAUCGAGGAAGAGGAGCUCAACAAGACCAAGCCAAUCUGGACUCGCAACCCACAAGACAUCUCACAAGAGGAGUACGGUGCCUUCUACAAGUCGCUCUCCAACGACUGGGAAGACCACCUUGCCGUCAAGCACUUCUCUGUCGAGGGUCAGCUCGAAUUCCGCGCCAUCCUCUUCGUGCCAAAGCGUGCACCAUUCGACCUCUUCGAGACCAAGAAGACCAAGAACAACAUCAAGCUCUACGUCCGCCGUGUCUUCAUCACCGACGAUGCCACCGACCUCAUUCCAGAGUGGCUCUCUUUCGUCAAGGGUGUCGUCGAUUCUGAGGAUCUCCCACUCAACCUGUCCCGUGAGACUCUCCAGCAGAACAAGAUCAUGAAGGUCAUCAAGAAGAACAUCGUCAAGAAGACUCUUGAGCUGUUCCAGGAGAUUGCCGAGGACAAGGAGAACUUCGACAAGUUCUACACUGCCUUCAGCAAGAACAUCAAGCUCGGUAUUCACGAGGACAGCCAGAACCGCUCUGCUCUUGCCAAGCUCCUCCGCUACCAGUCCACCAAGUCUGGCGAGGAGACCACCUCUCUCCAGGACUACGUCACCCGCAUGCCAGAGCACCAGAAGCAGAUGUACUACAUCACCGGCGAGUCCAUCAAGGCUGUUGAGAAGUCGCCAUUCCUCGACGCCCUCAAGGCCAAGAACUUCGAAGUGCUCUUCCUCGUUGACCCUAUUGACGAGUACGCCUUCACUCAGCUCAAGGAGUUCGAAGGAAAGAAGCUCGUGGACAUCACCAAGGACUUCGAGCUCGAGGAGACUGAGGACGAGAAGAAGAAGCGCGAGGAGGAGGAGAAGGAGUUUGAAUCUCUUGCCAAGUCACUCAAGAACGUCCUUGGUGACAAGGUCGAGAAGGUUGUUGUCAGCCACAAGCUCGUCGGUGCUCCUUGCGCCAUCCGUACCGGCCAAUUCGGUUGGUCUGCCAACAUGGAGCGUAUCAUGAAGGCCCAGGCCCUCCGUGACACCUCCAUGUCCAGCUACAUGAGCUCCAAGAAGACCUUCGAGAUCUCGCCUGCCAACCCAAUCAUCAAGGAGUUGAAGAAGAAGGUUGAGACAGAUGGCGAGAGCGACCGCACUGUCAAGAGCAUCACCACUCUUCUCUACGAGACCUCGCUGCUUGUCUCUGGCUUCACUAUCGAUGAGCCAGCCGACUUCGCCGAGCGCAUCCACAAGCUCGUGUCGCUCGGCCUCAACGUCGAUGAGGACGUCGAGACCGAGGCAGAGGCUGCCGCACCAGCUCCUACCGAGGGCGCCACCGAGAGCGCCAUGGAGGAGGUUGACUAGAUGCAUAGAUGUGUGUAUAGUCAAUUGUAAUGUGUCAUGGGUUCACGCGCGAAUUGAAGAAGGCAUAACGGCUUAGAGACAAAGAUCAGGCAAAACGGCGUUUUUUUCUGUGUCCUCUUUUGGGUGAUGCACAAAAAGAGGCAUUUGGCAUGCAUCAUGGGGAAUUUGAGUGACGACUUUUUCUGUAUCAACAGUAUUAGCAGUUCUGAAAUCAGAGACUUGUUAAUCUUCUGCUUUGCCUCCACUUUUCCUGUUCUUAUAACGUUAUCGUGAUCAUUCAACGCUCUGUAUGUGCUGAUGAUAUCGUCUAUGCUACAACUUCGCACCUCUAUCCUUCCUGAUCUCCGUACUAUCCACUCUCACGCCCUCAUCGUCCUGCUCCUCGACACUCAAAUCUGGCAUCUUCCUCGGCAUGAUUCGUCUAGGCUCCGUGCCUUGCACCAACGCAUAUUUAUCAAAAUUUGUAACUCCCUCGUGAUCGCGAAGGAAAUCCUCAUCAAGAACGAGUUUCCCAUUGACA